AGAGGGGCCACGCUGCUGUUUUUCGUACGAACGUUUUACUAGGCCAUACACUAGCGGCGCGUACAUUUAUUUUACAGCCUGCCUGGAACUACAUGGCCACAUCCAUUUUCCGGGAUGGUAAAAGAGUCUUGGUUGGUUCAUGUUCGUGUUACAUUCAUUUUCCGGGAUGGCAAAAAAGAGAUGCGAACUCAGGUUUCUCUCUUUCGCUUGCAAUAUUCAACGUGCAGUUGGAUACGAGCUUUAGAUCCUUCAAAAAUACAUAACCUAUAAUCUGCUAGUGUUAUUAUUUUGUAAACAAAAUAUAGAUUUGCGAUAUUUGCAAAGAUAAGUCGUAUAAAUGAUAAGGAAAAGAACGUUUAGUAAAUCAAAUGAAGUAGAAUUAUAAAACCUAUGCAUUUUGUUUGAUUAUUCUUUGUUCAAAAAAUGGAUAUUGAAUACAAAUUUUUGAAAGAAAUUGAUUGCAAGCAAGGAGCAGUCAGAGCUGUACGAUUUAGCGUUGAUGGUUCGUAUUGUGUAACAUGCGGAUCGGAUAGGAAGUUGAAGCUAUGGAAUCCAUACAAGUCCGCUACUUUAAAAACAUACGGUGGACACGGCGACGAGGUUAUGGAUGCUUAUGCAUCCUGCGACAGUAGCCAAAUCGUAUCUUGCGGAUUAGAUAAGCUUGUAAUUCUCUGGGAUGUAGCGACAGGCACGUCUGUGCGCCGCUUUAGAGGACACGCAGGUCCAGUCACAACAGUGAGAUUCAAUGAGGAAUCGUCAAUGAUAAUCUCUGGAUCUCGUGAUAACAGCGUUAUGUGUUGGGAUGUACGUUCUAGAGCGCAAGACGCUGUGCAAACAUUAAGUGAUGCCAAAGAUGCCAUUUCAAGUAUAAGGGUUUCAGAUCAUGAAAUUUUAUCUGCUUCUUUUGAUGGCAAAGUACGUACUUACGAUAUACGUGUAGGAGAACUUUGUGCAGAUUAUAUGGGAGAUGCAAUUACAUGCGCCAGUUUUACCAGAGAUGGCCAAUGUCUGGUUGUCAGUUGUGCAGACGAUGUGAUCAGAUUAAUCGACAAGGAUACAGGAGAGUUGCUUAGUGAAUUUAAAGGACACACUGGAAAAGAUCUGUGUCUAGAGUCAAGUGUAGAUUGUCAUGACACAAAAAUUCUUUCUGGCUCGGCAGAUGGCAAAUUAUGGAUCUGGGAUCUUGUAUCUCAGAAAGUAAUUGCAAAACUCUCAGGUUUCAAGCCGACCAAACAUCCUACUGUAUCUAUAAGUGUGCACCCACAGAAGAAUUGUUUUUUGGCUUCCAAUGGAUCUGAUAUAUUGAUGUGGAAUUGUGCAUCUCAUACAGAUGAUGAAUAAUACUAAGAUUUGUAAUUAUACGACAGUAUAUAUAGGCCUGGCAGCAUUCCUGGCCAGCCAAAUAUUGACGUCCGUGAGAAGUAAACAACAGCUAUAGUAGAAAUCCACAUGACCGUUGAAUAAAAGAAUUUUGCGGGAAUAACGCCCAAUUCGCACACAUAGAUAAGAGCGCGUAUUUAUGCAGCUAGGAAUGUUGUAUGCGUGAUCGCAAAAAUUUCACGCCGGCGUAAAUGUGCGCGGGCGUUUCUCGUCUGCUGUUACAAAAGGAGGGAGAGAAGGUAUAUGGGUUAGGGUUAAGCUAGGUCAUAUAACCGCGUCGUCAUUCGUACAGUCCGUACGUUUGUACAUACGCGUUCGGCGAUUCACAUGCGUGCGACGUGCGUGAACGUAACUUUCGAGCGUAUAAAAUUUUGACGCAGGCAAGAGAGGGACGGAACGAGAGGACUCCGCGAGGAUUCUGCGCGCGCAGGUGGCGCGAUGUUGGUGGCGUCAGAAUCACUGCUCGCCGGCGUAGUCUCGCCCGCGAGCACGAGAGAGAGAGAGGAAUGACAUUUUGCGCCGGGCAGUUAAGCGUGGCAGACAGAAACAGCAGAGAGCGAAA